AUGACUGAGAGAGGUCGAAUACAGCAGACUCAUUCCCCAAAAAAGCGACAAUAUUCAGCAUCUCAUAUGCUUUAAAAGAUCAAAUUCAAAUAAAAAAGGAGAGGAAAGGAAGAGCUCAAAAAACCACAUUCUCUUUUAUUGCAUUCUGGUAAAAAAGAGAAAGGAAAAGCCACUCCAAACACUCAUCAUUCCAUCUGUUACUCCUCUUCUCUGUGUUCCCUUGAUGCUUGGCAUCAAAGCUUGUUUCAAUCAUUGAAAGCAACAGCUUUGGGGAAGAUAAGAGUUGGGUUUUUCAAUGGAGUUUCAGAAGACCCAUUUUUUCAUGGUUGGAGGCAUUUUUUUAGCUCUGGUUUCUUGGUUUUGGAUUUGAGAGAUUCUGGUUUUCUGAGGUUUAGCGUUGAAGAGAAUUCAUGGUUGCAGAGAAAAGGAAGAACAAGAGAAGGAAGGAGAGAGUGAGUGGGAUUUGAAUAUUAGCUUCUGGGUUUUGGAUUGGAAUGUUUUUUUCUGGAGUUUUGUGAAAGGCAAGGCCCAUUUCUUGCUUUCAUGAUUUUGGUUCCUGGUAUUGAAAUCGAAUUGGUUUUUCUUCAAGAUACAGCCUUUUCUACUGCUUUUGAGACAACAAAAAUCAUGGUUGAAGAGAGGAAUGGAGAGUGCGUCCUUGUUAUUUUUAGAUUUUAGUUUCUGGCUUUUGGAUUUGAAGGUUUUUUCUGUAAGAUCCAUUUCAUAGUUGCAAAAAAAAAAGUACAAGAUUUCUAAAUAAAUAUAGGUGCUUUUCUCUGUAGUAUUAUACUUCUGAGCAAUUUCGUAGGAAACCCAGUUCAUGAUUCAAGGGGAAUAAUAGGCUGCUUACAGUUUACUACCCGGGGGAUUUUCAAUUUGAAUGCUUGUUGGCUAUCUUGGGAGAGGAUUAAUUCAUUUGAAUGACGAAAUUUUAAGUGAUUUUUCAGUACUUGAGCACUGCAUCUGAUUGCGUUCUAUUGUUUGUAAUUUAUUUUAGCCAAAACACGCAUUGUUAAAAUGGCUGAUUUUAGAGUUAGGCGGAUCGAACAAGGUCACACCAACAUCCGGAAUGUCCCUAUUGCUGUAACUCCAGAAGGGUUCUGGUGCUGCCCCUCUCCUGUCGUGUUUCAGAAGACUCUCAAAAGCCAUCAAGACCACCAAAACAAAACCAAACCUUCUGUUCCAUCUCAGAGAACCUCUGUUCAAAAGAUGCAGAAUCACGUACCUGAACGGAAACCGGUUUCCACCCCAUCUAGAUCGAGGGUUGUUUCUGAUGACCAAAGAUGUUUGAACUCCGAUCCUUCUGGUUUUAAUACAUCUGUUGUUAGUGAGAGAGGGCCAAAACCCAACCCUGAGAAUUUACAGCGGAAGGUAGCUGUUGAGUUUGGCGAGGCCGAAACCCGUGAUUUGAAGGUGAUUUUAUCUGGGAAGCAUGGAUUUUCAGUGAAGAUGAACGUUCACAGGAAUGUGCUUGUGGAGCAUAGCAAUUUCUUCGCAGAAAAGCUUUCCCAACAUUCUCCUUUAUCCUGCAUUGAAAUUGGGGAGUGUGAGGAUGUAGAGAGUUAUGUUGAGACAGUAGGAUUGAUGUAUUGCAAAGAGAUGAGGCAAAGGUUGAUCAAGCAAAGCGUUUCACGGGUGCUCCGUAUUCUUAAGGUCGCAGAAUCACUUGGGUUCAAUACAUGCAUCCAGUCAUGCUUGGAGUACUUGGAAGCAGUCCCUUGGGUCGAAGAGGACGAAGAGAAGGUGGUGUCAUCAGUCCUACAUCUUCGAAGCGAUCGUAAGGCCGUUGUCCCGGUACUGAAACGGGUCUCUUCUGAUAUCUACAACCCUCCUCAUGACACACUCACCCACAUAAUACAGCUAGUUCUCAAAAGCAACGAAGACAGAGGUCGGCGUGAGAUGAAAUCCUUAGUGUUGAAGCUGCUAAGGGAAAGCAGUCUCAUAAACAAUGGCUCCGUCGACAUCUGCAAUGUUAAUAUAUAUGAUUCGUGUCGAAGCUGCUUGGAUUCACUGUUGCUUCUCUUCAAGCAAGCAUCUGAGCCCGGGUUUACAGACAAGUCCAUGGAGAGUAAAGGGCCUGUUGUGAGGCAGAUAGCUCUGGAGGCUGAUAAUCUCCUGUGGUUGGUUGAGAUUCUUUCGGACAGGCAAGUAGUGGACGAGUUUGCUGCGAUGUGGGCUGCUCAGCAUGAGCUGGCAGGGCUACAUUUGAAGCUGCCGACCGUGUCCCGCCACCUUGUUAGCUGCAUUACGGCAAGGCUCUUUGUCGGGAUUGGGAGAGGAGAGAUGCUUCCGUCGAAGGAAACUCGGCUGCUUUUAUUAGAGACAUGGCUGCAGCCAUUGAUAGAUGAUUACAGCUGGUUGCAACACGGUUGCAGAUCCUUCGACCGAAAGAUGGUGGAUGAAGGGAUUGGGAGGACUAUUCUGACGCUGCCACUGGAAGACCAGCAGAGCAUUUUGCUGGCAUGGCUGGGAAACUUCUUAAAGGUCGGCGACAACUGCCCGAAUCUUCAAAGAGCAUUUGAGGUAUGGUGGAGGAGGACAUUCAUAAGGCCGCAUGUAGAACAGCACGGAAAUCUACUGCUACCAGAUGAUAGUGCAUUGACAUUGACAUAGCAUGAUCGAAGAACCUGAUACGUAAAUCUCUGAUGCCCAUCUGCAUUUGACAAACCCAGAUCUCCGCAGUCGCAAACGUGCCAUGUCCCAAGAUCACAUGAGUCUGAUUUAAAAAUUGGCCAUCAAGAAAGAUUGCCAAUGGUCCACAUUCAAUGUACAUGUGGGGUACAAUACCGGCAAGGCACAUCUGAUGAAACGCCUGGUUCCCGCACACGAUUUCCAUGUGGUGGCAUCUGGGUUUGAUGUGUGCAAGAUGCUCGUCCACGAUUAGACUCCUGGCAGAAUGGAUGUAAGAGAUUUUUCUGUCACAGUGAUGGAGGACUUGCUUAAAAAAACAGAAUACAUGCAACUGUAGGUGAAAACAGGAUUGUAAUUGUGUUGAAUUGUGAUAUAAUUGCAUCUGAUUGGUGUUUGUGAGAACUUCAAAAGCUUGUUGAAUGAAUGUUUCAAUCUGCAGUUGCGUGAA